AUGGCACCUACAGAUCGCUCAUUGUCAUUGAAGAGCCUGCCUAUGAGAGACGCCUCAGUUUCAGGACUCCUUGCUCCAGAUGGCUAUCCACAAACUCCCUCAACACCAAGAGGGAUCACUCCACUUACAUCCAAAGUGACCAGUGUCCUUUCGACGACUCAUUCUGAUACAGAGUUUCGAGACGCUCUCGCUCUUCUUGAUGAACGUGGGAUCCAAAACGAUGCCGAAACUCGUCGACGUGUUCGAUUAGACCUACAGAAGGAAGUCAUUGACAGUAAUGGAGAAGUUAUUGCCGAAUUUGGGCGGGUUGCAGAGCAACUUCGGCGUAUCAAAACGACCAUUGACAAGCUUAACAAUGGUUAUGAGGACAUGAAAACCCAAGUUGUCGAAGCUCAUAGGCAGACAUUGCCAGCACUCUCCGAGGCAUCCUCUCUCUUGGAGCAAAAGAGACAGGUUGAGGUGAAGCAAGAGCUGCUCGGUGCCUUCAAGAAACAUUUUGUCAUGUCGGAGAAUGAGGUUGCCGCAUUUACUCAAACAGCCGAGCCAGUAGAUGACCGCUUCUUCGAUGCCUUAAGCAAAGCGAAAAAGAUCAGCAAGGAUUGCGAGAUACUCCUUGGGUUCGAGAAACAGACUCUGGGUCUGGAACUGAUGGAGCAGACGUCGAAGAACAUCAAUCUUGGUUUCCAAAAGCUUUACAAAUGGAUACAGCGAGAGUUCAAGACAUUGAAUCUCGAAAAUCCACAGAUGAACUCAUCAAUUCGCCGGGCAUUGCGAGUUCUUGCCGAAAGGCCGUCACUGUUCCAAAACUGCCUCGACUUCUUCUCCGAGGCUCGAGAACGAAUCCUUUCAGACUCCUUCUAUGUCGCUUUGACAGGUACCUCGCCCUCUGGUACAGAAGAUGCCUCUGUCAAGCCCAUCGACAUGCUGGCACAUGAUCCGCUACGCUACGUGGGUGACAUGCUGGCUUGGAUUCAUUCAGCCACUGUCAGUGAACGUGAGGCAUUGGAGGUUUUGUUUGUCGCAGAGGGGGAGGAACUUGCCAAGGGUUUCAAAUCUGGCCGAGACGCAGAGAUCUGGCGCCUAAUUGCAGAGGACGAUGAGGCCGAGGCUGACUUUAAUGCGCUUAAGGCACUGAACGACCUAGUCGACCGCGACAUCUCUGGAGCGGCCCACGUGCUUCGCCAAAGGAUGGAGCAGGUGAUCCAAGCCAACGAAGACACCAUACCCGCCUAUAAACUCGCAAAUCUGAUCAACUUUUACCGGAUCACUUUCCAAAAAACGCUCGGUCCCAACUCUAAUUUGGUAGAGUUGAUUGGAGGCCUGGAAACAGAGGCCUUGCGCCAGUUCCGAGCACUUGUCAGAGAUCACAUUGCAACUCUACAGGGAGAAUUCCAGCACGCUCCAUUAGACCUUGGCCCACCUGCAUUUUUACAGGAUUCGCUCAAACAACUCAAGGCCAUCAGCAAAACUUACGACUCCUCUCUAUCGACCUCGGAGGAUCGCGAGAGCGAGUUCGAGAAUGUGCUUUCAGAAGCCUUUGAACCAUUCAUGUCGGGUUGUGAAAACAUGGCUAAGAACAUGAAUGCCCAGAACGGUGCGAUCUUCCUGAUUAAUUGUAUAUCUUCUGCGAUAGCAUGUCUAGAGCCGUUCGAAUUCACACAACGUCGGACUAAACGACUGCGAGCGAAGUCAGAUGAUGCAGCUAAAAGACUAAUAACAAGUCAAUACCAAUUCCUUCGAAAGGAGUCAGGGUUGGACGCAAUUUUCACGAAGCUGGAGGAGGAUGACGACAAGAACGCUCAAUUGUUGGAUGAGAAAGAGCUCGCUCAAGCAAGCCAGACAUUGGAUGACUUUCUGCCAUCAGCACUCAUGGACGCCAUGGAUAAUUUGAAGCAUCUGCAGGAUUCGAAGUUAGCUCGACAAAUUACGGAGGAGGCAGCAGAACAGUUCUGCAAUGACUUUGAACAGCUUGAAGAGGUUAUAACUGAGGGGGGUGAUGAAUCUGUUGAUUCAGAAGAGGACGAAGGUCUGCGGUCGGUUUUCCCUAGAACAACCGCCGAGAUUCGUGUGUUGCUUUCAUAG